CAUCAUUUCAAACAAAGAAGUCAAAACAGUCAGACGAAUUUACUUUUAGAUGUAAAUAUACGAUACUUUCGAUAAUCGACAAUGGAAAGUGAUGGAAAUCAAAAUGGCAAGCCAUUCAAAAUUACAGACGCCACAAGGGAAAUAAAAAAAGGUGUUGUCGCCAGUUCCCUCGAUGACUUAACCUCAAAAAUCAUGGAAAAACUAAACAUCACCGGAGAUAUAACUAUAGUGCUGGAGUCGGACGGCACUGAAAUCGAUGAUGAAGAAUAUUUUGCCACAUUGGAUCCCAACACAGGCCUAAUGGUACUCAAUAAUGACCAAAAAUGGUUGCCAUCAAUUCCUGCAUGUCGCUUGAACGUCGACCAAGUGGAUGAUGGCAAAGGAGGUGCUGAAUUGGUUGGUCUUGUUGGUAAACUUAAACAUAAUUUAUGCCACGUGUCACUAUUGGGAGCAGCUGAAUUAGAAUUGUUAAGUGACAUGGAUCCUGAGUCCCUUGUGGACAUCACAUUUCCUGAUAAAAUAUUUCUUGAGCAACUGAAAGAAGCAUCUGGUAGAUUUUUGUGCGAGAAACGACAGGCGCAAGAUGCCAUGGAUUUGUUAAGAUUGUACCAGGAGAAAGAAGCAGAGUCUGGAGAAACAAAUUGAAAUCAAUUAUGGUGACCAUUUACUAUUGUGUAUCCAACCCCUUCCCAGACAUGUGGUCGCCACAUUUGUAACCAAGAUAUAAGAUAAGACUGAUUUGCCAAUAAGAAACUGCCCUGGCAUAACCUGAUUGCUCAAUCACUGCACAUCUAUCCGAAAAAUAAUGACACCAAAAGUUAAUGGCAAUUUUACAUCAAUGAACUUCUAGCACGAUCACCCAAACUUCAUAUAUAUUCACCUGUAACCCCCUAUGUAUGUGUAACUAUUAAUCUACAUAUUUGUGAUUUUUAAUUGAUUGUGCUGUGAUACUUGUACUUGAGGUAAAACUACAUCUGCUGGAUAAAAAAAUCACUAAUAAGUAGUGAAUAAUCGCAUAACCACAAUUAUAAUUGUAAAUUUAUUAUACGAUAUAUCAUACUUAACCGAAUCUUAUACCCAGAAGAAUUAAAUUUAGUUGAGGUAAA